AUGAGAAGUUUUCCUCUUAGAUUCAUAGCUUAAAGAACUACAUAACUAUUCAGAUCAAAUUAAUCCCUUUUUAAAUUAAUGCCUUCUAGAAUAAUUAGAUAUCAUUAUUCAUAAGAGUUCAUUCAUAAUAAUAAUAAUAAUAAUAAUUAAGAUUAAAGCAAAAAAGAAAAUAAAACUAUAGAUAUUCAACCUUAGUAUAUGAUAGAUUUAUUCUAAAAGUUGAUUGUCUUAAGAAAAGAAGAAUUAACUGAAAUUAAUUGUAUAUCAUAAUUAGAUAUUUGUAGAAGAAAAUAUGGUCACAACUUUAGAAUAAUUAGUACCUUUUAUUGAAAAUUUCAACAUUCAUUAAUUAGAAUAUUUUUUAAUAUUAGCAAAUGAGAUUAUUACAGUUGAUAAUAAACUUACUGAUAAAUUAUAUGAAUAAAAUAAACAUCUCUUAUAUUCAGAGUAUAAUUUUAAUAUUAUUAUUAUUAAUAGAUAAUCUGAUUUCAAUUAGAGUUUAAAAAUUUUAGCAUUAUUGAUUGAAAAUCCACUUGAAGAAUAAUAAUUAGAAAAUAUAAUCAAAAUGAUAUUUACAAUACUUGAAAUUCCAGAUCUUGAUUCAUCAACUCUUGCUUAUUCUAUAUAUGUUUAUGGUCUUAUAGUUAAAUAAUAUAAAAUUGAAUCAACAGAAUUCUUUUAAUCAAUAACUAGACAUUUAAAAAAAAUUGAUUAAGAUUAUAUAGAAAUUAUGAAUAAAGAUAAAAAAGAUUCAUAAUUUAUUAAUUUCACAUAAUAAGACCUCAAAUUAUUAGCAUUAGGAUUACAUUUAGGUGGAUGUUAAAAUACUGAUCUUUCAAAGUAUAUAUCAAUAAAAGCAUAAAGUAUAUUUAUAGAAAUAUCUAAUCUAAUAAUAAUAUCUAAAUUUUUAUUAAAAUAAGAAAUAAUUAAUGAAGAAUUCUUAAUUUUCUUUAAAUAAUAAUUAGAUAAAUCAAAGAAUUAGAUUUAAUCAGAUGAUAUUUUAUAAUUAAUUAUUGCUAUUAAAUAAAUGAAAUAACCAGAUUAAGAAAUAUUAGAAUUUAUUAUUAAAGAAUUCUUGAAAACUAAAGAUUAAUUUAAUUUAGGUGAUAAAGCAUUUUUGUAUCAAAAGAUGGCAUAAAUGCAUUGUAAAUCUUAAGAAUUAUGGAAUCAAUUUGGAUUGGAAAUUUAAGAAAUUACAGAUAAAUGUGAAUGGUUUGAUGCAUGUUUUAUGUUUUAUUGUAUUUUUGAUGUAUUCUAAUUUUAUAUUAUUUAGGUAUUUGAAUACUUACCUUAAAAUUGUUAAGAACAUAUAUUUAAUUAUAUAAUAGGGCAUUAGAAUGAAAUUGAUGGGGAAAUGAAGGAAUUAUUAUUCCAAAAAUUAUAGGAAAAAGGUAUUAUUACAGAUAAAGAUAUUGAGGAUUCAAAAUAGUAUAAAUGAAU